AAUGUGGCUGUAGGAAAAGAGGAAAAUGUGCCUUUCAUUUAUUCUUGUUCAAAGGAUAGUAGAUAAGUAAACCUAGUGUGCAACAGAGUCUGACGUUUCAAUUAAGUAUUUCAGUUACGUAGGACUAGACACCACUUUUCUUAGGAGUACAGCGGUCUAUCAACAGCGUUUUAAGUGGUGUGUGGUGGCACACACCUUUAAUCCGAGCACUCGGGAGGGAGAGGCAGGCGUAUCUACAGAGGGAGUUCCAGGACAGUCAAGGCCACACGCAGAAACCCUGUCACGAAAAAUCAAAACAAAGCCAAAAGAAACACCUAACUUGCUGUAAAACAGACUGAAUCCCAAGGGGGCGGGGGUGGGGGGGGGUGUCUGCCCUCCGUGAGGGCAGAAAUUGGCUGCGGCCUGUGAAGCCAAUCAGCGGGCUGACAGCACGGGUAGCCAAUCGCCGGUCAGAGGGCUUAGUCUCCGCCCAGCCGCAUUGGGCACCGGCUCCGGUCUCGGGUCGGCAUCCUCCGCUGGCUACAGAGUGAGACCCAGGUGAGCACCCUCGGGGCGUGGAGAAGUGGCCGCACACGCACACUGUCGACGAACGUCCUUUCUAGUCUGGGAAGGCGAUUGGAACUUUCCACCGCUGUGGUUCGCACGGGGGUGGAGUUGCCGCACUGUGGUUUCCUGGGGACAGCCAUCUGCCUUCAGCCCCGGGAACUACAGCCCAAGCCGGAGGAACGACUCCCUGCGCCGAAGCUUGCAGCCAUGACUGCUAAGGCUAAGGACUGUCCAUCAUUGUGGGGCUUUGGAACAACAAAAACAUUUAAAAUUCCCAUCGAACAUUUGGAUUUCAAGUAUAUUGAAAAAUGUUCAGAUGUGAAACACUUGGAAAAAAUUCUUUAUGUGCUGAGGUCUGGUGAAGAAGGCUGCUAUCCUGAACUCACGGAAUUUUGCGAGAAGUGCCUCACCGACUUGGCUCCUAAAAGUCGAGCUCUGAGGAAGGACAAGCCUGCAGAGACAGCAUCCAGCUUUUCAGCGGAAGAGUGGGAAAAAAUUGACAGUGAUCUAAAGAGUUGGGUAUCAGAAAUCAAAAGAGAGGAAAAUACACGUCACUUCCAUGACCCUGAAAACCAUCCCAGAGUGGAAGAUCUUCUGCCUCCUGUCCGUGGCUCCACCUGCUGCCCUCACAGUGGCAAGGAAACAUAUUCUAAAAGUAAGACAGCUAAGAAGAGGAUUCCAAGGGAUUAUGCAGAAUGGGAUAAAUUUGAUGUGGAAAAAGAAUGUUCAAAGAUUGAUGAGGAUUAUAAAGAAAAGACUGUCAUAAACAACAAAGCUCAUUUGUCUAAAAUUGAGACAAAAAUAGAAACAGCAGGUCUGACUGAGAAGGGAAAGAGUUUUCUUGCCAAUCGGGAAAAGGGAAAAGGGAACGAGGCUUUCUACUCCGGGGACUAUGAGGAGGCCGUGAUGUAUUACACCAGGAGCUUAUCAGCCCUUCCCACCGCCAUUGCCUAUAACAAUCGAGCUCAGGCUGAAAUCAAGUUGCAGAGAUGGAGCAGUGCUCUUGAAGACUGUGAGAAGGCCUUGGAGCUGGAUCCUGGAAACGUAAAAGCUCUCCUGAGACGAGCCACUACAUAUAAACAUCAAAACAAGCUCCAGGAAGCUGUGGAUGACCUGAGAAAGGUGCUGCAGGUGGAGCCCGACAACGACUUGGCCAAGAAGACCUUAUCGGAGGUUGAGAGAGAUCUGAAGAAUUCAGAGCCUGUCUCUGAGCUCCAAACCAAAGGGAAGAGGAUGGUUAUUGAGGAAGUUGAGAACUCGGGAGAUGAAGGUGGAAAGGGAAGCGCAGAUGAGCGUGAAGAUGGUGGCUCGGAUGAGGCGGCCAUGGGCAACAUUCAGAAGAAACUGAUGGUCCGGAGCGAGGGUGGCAGGCGGUCGCGGCGGGGCCGGACACCGGGGCCCCGAGCUGAGCAUCAGGGAGGUCUGCGAGAGACAGCGACAGCCGGCACCGGCGACAAUCACUACCCGGAGGAGCCGCGAGUCGCUGACAACCCCAGCGGCCUCAAGAGACGGGGCAACGAGCUGUUCCGCGGCGGGCAGUUCGCGGAGGCAGCCGCGCAGUACUCGGUGGCGAUAGCGCAGCUGGAACCCACAGGAAGUGCAAAUGCGGAUGAGCUAAGCAUCUUGUAUUCAAAUAGAGCGGCAUGCUACCUCAAAGAAGGGAACUGCAGGGACUGCAUCCAGGAUUGUAACAGGGCUCUGGAACUUCAUCCAUUCUCGGUGAAGCCUCUUCUGCGGCGAGCAAUGGCCUACGAGACCUUAGAGCAAUACAGGAACGCAUAUGUGGACUAUAAAACAGUGCUGCAGAUAGAUUGUGGGAUCCAGCUGGCGAGCGACAGUGCUAACAGAAUAGCACGAAUCUUAACAGAGCUAGAUGGAUCAAAAUGGCGGGAGAGACUGCCACCCAUCCCAGCUGUACCCACAUCUGAGCCACUGCGAGUUUGGCUCCCUGCUGCAGAGACCCCAGACCAAGAUCCCUGUCCCAACAACUGCAUGUCCAGCAUCACAGAUGAAAAAAUGUUUCAAGCCCUCAAGGAAGAAGGAAAUCAACUUGUAAAGGACAAAAAUUAUAAAGAUGCCAUUAGUAAAUACAAUGAAUGCUUAAAGAUUAACAGCAAGGCGUGUGCCAUCUACACAAACAGGGCUCUCUGUUACCUGAAGCUGGGCCAGUUUGAAGAGGCAAAACUGAACUGUGACCAGGCGCUUCAGAUAGACGGCGAGAAUGUGAAAGCCAGCCACAGACUAGCGCUCGCCCAGAAAGGACUGGAGAACUGCCGGGAAAGUGGGGUAGACCCCAGUCAAGUCCUCCUAAACCCAGAUUCCAGUGAAGCCCGGCACCUAGACACUAAGAAUGACACAGCACCUCCCAGCAAAGGAAGGGAGAGGAGGAGAAUCCAAGUCCAAGAGGUUGAUGGCAGCAGUGAUGAGGAGCCCGAGAGACCUGCAGAGUCCUCUGCUACCUCCCCACCUGCCAGAGAUGGUGUGGAAGACGGAGGGUCUGCAGAACCAGCAGAAAAACUCGACGUCUUCAAGCCUAGUAAUGCCUAUGAGUUUGGACAGGUCCUAAGCACUAUCAGUGCCAGGAAAGAUGAAGAGGCCUGUGCACAUCUUUUAGCCAUCACUGCACCCAAAGACCUGCCACUGUUGCUAAGUAACAAACUUGAAGGGGACACGUUCCUCCUCCUCAUUCAGUCACUGAAAAGUCACCUUGUGGCCAAAGACCCUUCCCUGGUUUAUGAGCAUCUCCUGUAUCUGAGCAAAGCAGAGAGGUUUAAGACGAUGCUGACACUAAUUAACAAAGGCCAAAAGGAGCAGAUGGCGCAGCUGCUUGAUGGUCUGUCAGACACACAGUCCAACGGUUUGACGGCAGAGGAUAUACAAGCCCUAAGAAGGCAGUAUGAGCUUUAACUUGGGGUUGCUGAGUUCAAGACAGCAAACAUUGUGAUGCAGUUGCAUGGGUAAAGCCACACCCAGAAGGAUCCCUGUUUGGACAUCAGAUGUUGUACUUAUUUUUAUAUGUAGAACAUGUAUAUUCUAUAAUCUGAUUUUUAUUUAUUGUAAAUAUUCUCUUCUGUACUAGAGCCAACACCUUUAUAUUUAAUAACUAUAUUCAGAACUUGGCAAAUUAUACUCUAACUUAUAAUACAUUUUCUUUUAAUGACCUACCCAUUAAAAAUUUAAAAUACAUUCUUUGUGGUGGCAGUUCAGGUUUGACAGGAAUCAGUGACUUUAGUCCUUUAAAAGCAAAUGUUAGCAGUUUCGACUCCAUCACUUUCUCUCCCACUCAAAUGCACAAAAUCCACUUUAGAGAAGUGGCUUACUGUCACUUGAGAUGAAAUUCAACACUUAAUGUCUAUGAGAUCAUUAUUAGUGUAUUAAUUUAGAGCCCUAAAGGAGUUACUUUUUCUAACAUUUAGUGUGACUUUGUCUUCUACAUUGCUUGUAAGCAGUAAAAGUGUAUGAAACAAAUUCACCCUGCUUUUGUAUUUGAAUUGUCCCCACCCCAACUUUUUGUUUUCUGCUUUAUGAUUUCUUUACUCUAACAAGUGGAAAAAGUCACUGGAUACUCCUUUCUCUGUGUUAAAGGUUAUUUUCUAUACAAUAAACAUUCAAGCCUUUAUUUAAUGUGA